AUGGACAAUCUUCCUAAACGUAUAAGACUUGAUGAAGAUGAUAUUGAUCAUUCACCUCGAGCUCGUUUGAUUGAACGUUGGAAAGAGCAAGAGUUAUAUAUUGAUUAUUUAGAACAACGUUUAAUUAAAAUCGAAAAUUUCGAUGAUAAACAACGUGAAUCACAAACAAAAUUAGAUGAAAAAUCAAAUGAAUGUAAAAAGCUGAAAGCUAUGUUAAAUUAUCGAUUUUUAACAAAAACAACACAACAUCAAUCAUUGGAUCAACUACGAGAUGUUCAAGUGCCAAGUUUUACGAAACUUCGUCAAACAUAUCUUGAUCCAGCGAUUAAUUUAAUAUUUCAACGAAUGCGUGAUGAACUUGAUGCAUGUCGUAAAGCACGAGAAGAAGCCCAAAAUGAAUUACAAGCAUGGCAAUUUACACCAGAUAGUAAAACUGGUAAGAUGCUAAUGGCUCGAUGUAAAAAAUUACUAGAAGAAAAUGAACAGUUAGGAAAAAUGGUAUCAUCGGAUAAUAUAGCAAAAUUAGAAGGUGAAAUAUCAUUACAAAAUCGUUUAUUAAGUGAAAUGAAAGAAUCACAGAAAGAUUAUGAAGAGAUAAUGCAAGAUAUGGAUCAAAAUAUGGAUGCCAUGUCUUCCACAUUAUUGCAUAUGAGACGUCUAUUAGCUGAAGCACAUAAACAAGUAAUUUAUUUGAAUGAUGAAAAUACUCGUCUAAAGACUUUAUGUGAAAAAUGUAAUAUACAACAUUCAUCGUCAUUAUCUCAGGGAAAACAGACGCCAAAUGAAUAUUUGACUACUAGUACGACUAAUGCUACUACACUGUCUACGACACUGAUGUCUACGCCGACAAUUAAUGAUCUAGAUUCACAAACAACCACAACAACUAAUGGUAUAACAAAACCACCAAUAGUUCAUAACAGUAUUACUAAUAACAACAACAACAACAACAAUAAACAAGUUGAUUCGUUAUUGACUAAUUCUAAAUUAAAACGUCAUGCACCUAAUUUAAGGACUAAUAUAAAACUAGCUGCAGCCAACAAAUUCAUCCUAAACAAUCAAGAACAGAAAAUAGUAAAUAAUCUUUAUGAUAACGAUGAUUUAUCGGUGAAUGCAGGUACCAAUGUUGAUGAUUCGAAUCAAAUGACGACAAUUAACGAGCAAAUGGAAACGAGUAAUGGCAACGAAGCAUCGACAAUGAUAAAAAUUGAUUCUGUUACGACAACAACAACAACAACGAACAGUCAAGAUUUAAUAAAUCAUAUAACUAGGACCGACCAUAUAAAAUCACAAAUGAUUAUGAUCUCAGAAAAUGGUAUCAUAAAUCCAUAA